AUGGGUACCCGGUUAUCUGUAUCACUGGAAGAUCCGGAAGUCUCACCUCGAACGGAUCGCCCUCCCACUUUUGACCCAUUCUAUGGAUUUCCUAAAGGACGAAAACCGCGUGAAAUGAAAGCAACAUGGGAGGAAAUGGAUCACUGGAAACUAGAAUUCGGCGAUCGUGAUUACUGUGCUCACUUACUAAUUAAUCUCAAAAAAUGCCAGCGACAGUAUGCUCCUUUUUCGCAUUAUUACUGCACAGAUGAUUACCACGGAUGGCAGAAUUGUGAAUAUGAAGAUCAUCUCCUGAGGAUGAAAGAAUUCGAACGAGAAAGACGGUUAUUGAAACGAGCUUCUCGUAAAAGAGCCGCCCAGGAAAAAUCGAGUAGUGUUGAGGGAAAAAUAGUAGUAUAA